AAAUAAAGAGUUUUUGAGCUACUAAUGCUCAACCGUGUUUAACUGUGUGUCCCUCGGUCUUCAACAGUAGUUGUUGCUUGCGACGUGUGCUUUAUUGGCUUGUACUUAUUAUUGGCAAAUGUUUCAUAAACACGAGACUGGAAUCUUUUACAAGUAACGCAAUUAAUUGCACGAAAGAAAAAUGGCACAAGUGCCCAAAGUUCGCCUGUCGGGAGGCUUGGAGAUCUGCCGUCUGCUGAACGGCAUGUGGCAGGUGUCUGGUGCCCAUGGUCCGGUGGACCCAGAGAAAGCAGUACAGGCCAUGGGAGCCUAUGUGGAUGCAGGACUGACAUCAUUUGACAUGGCUGAUAUCUAUGGCCCAGCGGAGGAGAUUUUUGGGAAAUUCAAUGGUCAGCUGAAAUCUGCUGUCGCAGCCCCUGCGGUACAAGGCCUGACCAAAUGGGUUCCACGUCCAGGUCCAAUGGAUCGAAAGGUAGUGGAGAAGGCGGUCCAGAGAUCGAUGAGCAGGAUGCAGGUGGAGAGGCUGGACUGUCUGCAGUUCCACUGGUGGGACUACCAGGAUAAGAGAUACCUGGAGGCUCUGGGCCACCUGUCAGAUCUGCAGCAGGAUGGCCUUAUAUGUGAACUGGCUCUCACCAAUUUUGACACCCAGCGUUUGGAGGAGAUAGUCAGCAGGGGCAUCCGGAUCUCCAGCAACCAGGUGCAGUACUCGCUCAUCGACAGAAGGCCUGCUGCCAAGAUGGAGAAGUUCUGCCUGGCCCACGAUAUACAGAUGCUCACAUACGGUACUCUAGGCGGGGGGCUGAUCAGUGAGCGGUACUUGGGCUGCAGAGAGCCGAAAAGCCAGGCGGAGCUCAACACCGCCUCCCUGAGCAAGUACAAGAACAUGGUGGACAUGUGGGGAGGCUGGGCGCUGUUUCAGGAGCUGCUCUCCACCCUGAACGCGGUCGCCCAGCGCCACGGCUGCUCCGUCGCCAACGUGGCCACCAAGUACGUGCUGGAUCAGCCGGCGGUGGGCGGCGUGAUCGUGGGCUGCCGGCUGGGCGUGGCCGAGCACAUCCAGGACAAUCUGCGCAGCUGCGGCGUCGGCCUGGCCCCCGAGGACCUGCACGCCAUCCGCGGCGUGCUCGACCGCGCCCGGGACCUCCUCCUCGCCGUCGGCGACUGCGGGGACGAGUACAGGAAGUAGGCGGCGGAGAGGGGAGGGGUCGUAGAACACGCGACUUUCUUUAUGUUCGACGCAGCCGCCGCUCCUCAGCGGGAGGAGCACGCCCACGUUACGCCAGCGUCUCUGUGCCUGCGUGCUCGCUCCUCCAUACUUCAGACCAACGGAGGCUUUGAUUGUGCAAAUCACUGUAACCAUGCAUAGACAAUGUACUGCCACUUAGGCUUAAAUACAGAUCUCAGAUCACAAAAUAGUGUCUCUGAAUUCACAAUUAUUAGUCAUUUAAACUUUUCCAGAGGUUAAAUCAUUAUAAUGUUUUAUGUUGAAUUCAGCAAAUAUUAAAUAAUUCAGCUUGAACAUACAUAUAUAUUAUAAGCAUUGUUAUGUGGCAAAUUGAAAAGACAAAAGAGGUGGGUGUGGCGUCGGUGGCCAAUGGGAGUGGGGGCUGUGGGGGUGGGGAGUUUGGGGGCAGGGUGUCUGUGUGUGGCAGACCAGGGGGCUGCCUCUCAGAAUUUGGGGCAGACUGUGUAAUGAUGGGGAAGACUCUGAGAGGAGGCGUUGAUGUAGAGGCGGUUGGACAGUUAAUUAAUAUUGAGGAUCAGCAGACCCCCGCUCUCGCAUCUGCUCGGCCCAUGACUGGCAGAACGUGUCCCUGGGCUACACUGGCCAUGGGGACGCCGCCAAGCUCCUGGGCUCACCUUUAAGGUCAACCAGCUCUUUUCCCCAGGCUGUGAUUCAGAUCCAGUCUCAUGUCACUGUGUGGAGGAUGAACAUAGACUCACCAUUGUCUUCUCGCUCAGUAGGCAUGCCAUCAUCGGGGGAAAAAGCAAGGUUUAGCCACUAAACCCUGCUUUUUAAAAACUUUGGCAUCUUCAAUCCCACACAAAUUUAGACUGUCCAAUUCGCGAACAACGUACAAGCAUGUUAGUAUACACCCCCUGUUGUUGGGUCAGGAGAGUGAAGACAACGUGCGGUUUGCCUUCAAAGCAGUUUCACACCACAGCCACCAUGCGCUGAGCGGGGGUGGAGGUGACCCAAUUAUACACGUACACAGAAAGCCCACCAUGGGCAUCCGGAUGGUCGACAGGAAUCGCAAUGAACCCUGCUAUCCCUGCCAACUGAGUCUAUCCCACACAUCCCUUGGGCGAUGCAAAGCCAAUUGUGCGCUGCCCCUGCAGGGCUGCCAGCCACAGUCAGCACUGGCAUGGGCUGGAUGUGGCACUUUUACAGGGUGAGCUGUCCAGCAGCUCCUGCAGUGGGAAUUUUUUAGUGCUAAACUAUUAAACUAUUUGCUUAGAAUUUGCUCAAAAGUAAUUUCUUUGUAUUUGUUGUGUUCAGUGAGGUUGGAUGCCUGGAACCCACAUUGUAAUUUUCAGCUGAACUCCAUAAAUAAUUGACCCAUUGCCUCAUUUGUAUUUUAGCAUUGUUCUGAAUUAGAAUGCUUUACUGUUAAAACCCCAUAUGGUCAACCGACGAAACUAGAGGUUGCAUUAUUAAUAGGGGUCACUUAACAUGGAUGAAAAUGGCAAAUGCUUAUUAAAUACCAUGUGGCUGUUUCCAAGUGGGCUGGAACACCAGGAGGUAAUUAACCAAGUUCAUAUUUAUGUCUCAUUUCUUUUGGCGGUUGCACUUAGUAUUGCCGUUAAUCUGAAAUUUCACAAUAAAACAACUUAAGUGACAAGUC